AUGGAUGCAGGAAAGCUGGACAAGUUCGAGGACAUCGACAAGGCCAAUGGCGUGGAGGAGACUAUGGAAGCUCUCGCUACCGACGCCGACUGGGACGCUGAGCAAUCCCGGCUGUACACCGAGAAGGAGCAUGAGCUAGGUUUUUGGGAGGCCGUCAGGCUGUAUCAACCAGCUGUGCUGUGGUGUCUCGUCAUCAACAUAGCCGUUGUCCUGAAAGGCUUUGACGGUGCGUUAGUGGGAAGUAUAGUCGGACUGACGCCUUUCAAGAAGCAAUUCGGCUAUAUGUACAAUGGGGAGUAUGUGAUCAGCGCGGCCUGGAACGGAGCUUUCAACUACGCCAACAGCAUCGGAGGUAUCAUUGGCGCCCUCUUUUCUGGAUGGGUCUAUGACCGUCUAGGACCCAAAGUCACGCUAGUAACCUGCUCUUCCCUGUCAAUCGCAUUCAUCUUUAUGGAAUUCUUUGCCGAAUCACCUGUCGUUCUUUUUCUCGGCGAGCUCUUCAAUGGCGCAGUCAUUGCAUUUUACCCUAUUUCCGCCUCUGCCUAUAUCGGCGAAAUCUGCCCGCUGGUCCUUCGAGGUGUUGCUGGCUCGAUGGUCAACCUGGGCUUUGUGGUUGGUCAAUUGAUUGCAUCCGCCGAGUUGAAGGGUACCAACAGCCUCGAUUCAAAAUGGGCGUACAAGGCGCCCUACGCUUCCCAAUGGGCGCCAGCAGUCCUGAUAUUCUCCUUUGUGUUUUUUUGUCCCAACUCGCCAUGGUGGCUCUGUCGUAAGGGCAGAUUUACAGACGCCGAAAAGGAUCUUAAGCGAUUGGCGACUUCCAAGGUUGAUGCUAGACCAGCAUUAUCCAACAUUAAACACACUCUCCGCCUAGAGCAACAGAUGGAUAAGCACCAUAAUUACCUGGACUGUUUCCGCGGGCCUGACCUCCGCCGCCUCAUUAUUGCCAUCAUGGUCUACUGCAUCCAGCCGCUCUCAGGGCAAGUCCUUUACGUGAACUACGCUGUGCAAUUCUUCGAACGCGCGGGACUCAACUCUUCGAAUGCUUACUCUAUGAAUGUCGGCCUAACGGCCAUUGGCUUCGUGGGCACAAUCCUCGCCUGGUAUCUCAUCUCCAUGAUUGGCCGCCGGCCCAUCUACAUCUUCGGCACCCUCACAAUUGCCUUGUUACUACUGUUGAUCGGUAUCCUCGAUGUGGUCCCGCACUCCGGAACCGGCACGGUCUGGGGCCAAUGCGCCCUAAUCCUCAUCUGCCUGUUCACGUACGAUAUCACUAUCGGCCCAGCCUGCUUCACGAUCCUGUGCGAAAUCUCAUCCGUGCAGCUCCGCAGUAUGACUAUCGCACUUGCAACAAUUACUUGCUACAUCUGGAACAUCAUCUUUGGUGUGUCAAUCCCCUAUGCUAUAGACCAGGAUCAAGGCAAUUGGAAGGGGAAAUUAGGGUUCCUGUUUGCGGGUAUUGCAUUGUUAUGCACUAUUUGGUGUUACUUUUGUCUUCCCGAGACAAAAGAUAGGACAUUUGAGGAGUUGGAUAUUCUGUUUGAGCAGGGCGUAUCGAGUCGGGAGUUUGCAACCCACCCUCUUAUUGUUGGUAGGGACGAGCAGGAGGAUGUUGUUUAG